GUACGUUGAGGCAUAUUGUUAUUGAAUGAAAAAUUUACUGAAUGGGCAAUUAUUUUAAAGCUUAUACCUGCAAGAUAAUUAUAACAGCGCUAUAUACUUUUGCAUAUAGAAGAGUAUCCUGAUUAUGCUCGAUAAUGAUGGGUGCGACGAGAAUUUCUUCGAAAAACCUACUAGAGCAUAUCCUCAUAAAAAACAUCGCUGCAACAUUAGAACCGGCAAUACUAUAAGGACUGGAAAGAGUAGUGAUGCAGAUCGUUUAUCUAACAAAGAACUUGUAAGAAAAUGGAUUGUCUUCAAUAAUAAUGAUAUAACUGUAGACGAAUCUCUCAAUAAUAUUGAAGGGAAUCAUUUUAUAAUUCAUGAUAGUUUAGUAUUAAAUAUUGCUCGAAAUCCAGAGGAAUAUGGUCAUUCAGACCCCUUUUUCUAUUCGUUAAACAAGCAGAAAAGAUGGUUGCUAGACGCUCAUUUAAAGAAUAAGUAUCUAUGUGGAAAUAGCUAUAGUAUUGGUAUGAUAGACAAGACUACCGUAGAUUUUAGGAGACGGGGUCAGACCUUUUCCUACACUAAUUCAAAAGGAUUAUCUAGAUCUGCGGUAAAAACGUUUUCCCACGAUAAAGACUUAUAUGUAGAUUAUCUUUGUGGAGAUGAUCCUCAUAUUCAAGAAUUUCGUGGUACUUAUGAUUUCGAAAUACUCUACGAAAUGUAUCGUAAAAGUCCUAUUACUUCUUAUCAAUCAACUAAAAAACUGCAAAAGAAACCUAAACGAAAACGUAGAUGUCUUCCCGUAUUCAAACAUUUGAUUGAUUCUUUUAUUAAUGAAAAUUCGCUCGAUAAAGAAUCGGAAAGACAGAUAAGAAUUUUAAGAAAUUUAAGAUUAUGCCAACAAAUAGAAAUAGGAGAAAAGGAGAAAAGGAAGGAGAAUAUAUUGAAUAAACCAUUUGCUAUAAUUCCUAAGGAAGCUCUUAGUUCAUUUAUUAAAGAUAGUCGGUCAGAAGAUAUUGCAAUUUUAGAUGAAUAUUCUACUAAACCAUUAACAAUAAUGCUUGACUUUUCAAAGAGACUUUCUAAAGGCUUUAAGAGAAAGAACGUUUCAGAAUGUAUUAUUAACAACUUUAUAUUUAUGACUAAGCUAGAACUAACAGAGUGUCCAAACAGUUCAAAAGAUAUUGUUAUUAAAUUAGAGAAUGGUACCAAUCUUCAAUGUUUUCCUAAUUCUAAUAUUCAAUUUACCGAUACAAUAAAAGUAAAAUCCUUUCGAAAACUAUUAGGUUUUCUCAUUGGAAAAUAUUCAAAAUGGAUUCAUCAAUCGGAACUAUUUUCUCUAAUUGGAGAUGACGAUAAUUUAAUAGGAAAAACCAAUACGAAUGAUAAUAUACUAUUUAGAAACAAAACAGAUAAGAUUAUUAGUAAUUGGCUAUUAUCGUUUAUUAAUUGUACUCAGGAAUCUAUUAGUAUUAAACAGUUACUUUUAAAUGAUCAAAAGGAGGAUGAACAUUUCAAGUUACUUGAUAAAAUACCUCCAGUAGAAUUUAGUAAAGAUCUCACUUUUAUUUGUGCAAUUUGCUACUCGAAAAAUGAUGGUUAUGGAUUAAAAUGUGGACAUCGGUUUUGCAAGGACUGUUGGAUGCGUUCCGAUAUUAAUAAUACUGAAUGUAUAUUAACUGAAUGUAAAGAGAAAAUACCACUACCAAUCUUAAUAUCAAUGUAUGGCUUCCAUCAUUAUUUUACAACAAAGAAAAGGAGAAGUUUAGAGAAAAUUUAUCAAUUAGGACCCAGAUGUAGGAAUAACGAAUGCUGCAUGGUUUUUAUUAAAAACUGUAACAAUAGUAUGGGAAUUCUGGAAUGCGACUGCGGGGAAUUUUUCUGCUGUAUUUGUAAACUUGAUUGUCAUUGGCCUUUAAAUUGUAAAGAGAAUAGCAUCUUUGAGAAAAUUAUUCAAAGAAUUGAGUACAAGGAAUCUGAUAAUUGGCAAUUGGAAGAUGAGAUUACAGUUGAUGAUAAUUUAUCGAAGGCAAUAAAAGCGUACGAUUCAUUCAAGAGGUUUAAUUUUAAGGUGGUCAAAUGUAAAGCGAAAUUUAUAGCAUAUAGAUGGCGGUGUUCAUCUCAAAAUCCUCAAUAUAAUAGGAGAAGGCAAGCGUUUAGCGCUGAUUUAUAUGCACAUGCGCUAAAAAGCCUUCAAUUUUGCUAUAUAACUUUAUAUAGGGCUGAUUAUUUAACUUGCUAUUGCUAUUUAUUACAAAGAACAAAGAAGUAUAACAUUAUUGUCAAGGAUAUCAUUCAGCAAAUAGAACUCGCUAGAUUAGAGACAAAGAAGCUAAUUAAAUGCACAGAAGAAAUGAUGGAUUUUAACGAAACUAUUAUAAAAAGAUUAAAUUCUUUAUGUGGUUUGUUAGAAGAUUCUUUAAAGAAAUUAGUCUUUAAAUUAUUAAAAUCAAUUCCGAUUAUUCUAUAAUAGGAAAAUAUUGUUUUCUUCUCUUUAUUUACUUUAUUCUCGUUUCAGAAUGAUUAUUCUUUCCUUUUUUGAGAUUCAACUAAUAAAAAAUGAUGUUAACUUUCA